GUACGAGAAUGCGGCAUAGAGCCGCUUAAAAAUACAUCUGGACCACUUAUGACAUAUUCGCUUCCGCCUGUGAUUCAUCUUUAAAGUUAUAUGAAUAAGGACGCGAUACAAAACAUUUUAUCCGCCGCCGUGAGUAUUACAAGACGCAUGUGCAAGUGCUCUGCUCCGUUUUAACAUUAAAUAGUGCUGUGAUGAUUGCAUUCGAUAUUUAAGAUUGUAAAUUUUUCAGCAAAAUGCCGUCAGAAGUUAUUUCGGAGUUUCCUAUAGAAGAUGAGUACAAGAAGAAAACGGGUAUCACACCUCAAGAUAUUGCAGAACUUCGCAAAUGGCUCGACACACAACCUCAUCUCCCUGGAAAGUACAUCACAGAUUUAGACCUUAUCCUAGCGUAUCACUGCUGCGACAGAAGUUCUGGUGUGACCAAACAGGUGCUGGACCUGCACUACACGUUGCGUACUCUCUUCACCACGUACUUCAAAGAUCGGAAAGUUGAAGAUGUGGACCUUACUAUGCGAAGCAUACUAAUGACCCUACUGGACACGCGUUCACGAGAUGGAUCAGCGAUUUGGUUUACUCAUUUCAUGGAUCCUGAUCCUAAGAUUUUUAAUUUCGGGCAAGCUAUUAAAACUGUCCUCAUGUUGCUAGACCUGUGGCAGUACGAGCAAGGAACCUGGCCUGGCUUUAUUAUUGUUAUAGACUUCGAGCAUAUGAGUCUGGGGCAUCUCGCCAAACUGGAUCUUCUCAACAUCCAACAGUUCUUGUACUAUCUACAGGAAGCAAUUUUAGUUAAACUUAAAGGCUUACACUUCAUCAACGCGCCAUCAUUCAUAGACAAAAUAUUGCUGAUGAUGAGGCCUUUCAUGAAGAAGGAACUCAUGGACAUCCUCUGCGUGCAUCAAGUCGGUUCAACGACGCUGGAUAAAUACAUACCGAUGACAGCGUUACCGUCCGACGCGGGCGGCAGUUGCAAGACUACCAAGGAAUAUCACGAAGCGGUAAUUUCGAAAAUGAUCGCUAAUAAAGAAUACUUCAUAGCAGAGAAUAAUAAGCGAGCGGUGGAGGCGCUGCGGCCCGGCAAGCCUAAAACUAUACCAGACAUUUUCGGUGGCGUAGAAGGAUCAUUUAAAAAACUUGACAUUGAUUAAUAACUAUAAAUAUACAGGUUUUUUGGAAAAUGUUUCUGUAAUAUUAAGAUAUUCUCAAGCUAAUUGUAAAAAUACAUGCUUUGGCAAUGUUAUUUCCAGUAUGACAUAUGUAUCAACACAAAAUACAUUAAUAAAGUUUUCGUUU